AUGAAGGCGUCACUUCUCGAACUUGAUCCUCAGGCAGACGCCCUACUAAUCCUUCAAAAGCCAAACUCGCAUUCGUAUCAAUUGUCAAUUGAUAAGCGUGCAUCAGCGGGAAGCAUAGACUGGGUCGGGUAUCCCAUAUACCUUGAACUAGACGACGAUGAAUCGGCGAGGCGAUCAGACGUGAACGACGAGAUGAGGUCUCUCCAGACAUGCUUGGAGAACGGGGAUCCAAAUCAGGUUGUAUUCCGCGUCUCUGCUAAACAUCUCUGCCUUGCGUCACCAGUCUUCCGAAGAAUGAUCCAGGGCCAAUUCAAAGAGUCAGAACCAAAUGAACAAGGACUCUUUGAGAUCAAAACAUCAGAGUGGGAUGCCGAAGCUCUCCUUAUUAUUCUUGAUAUCAUACAUGGUCAUCACUCCAGCGUUCCCAAACGACCAAGUCUGGAAGUCAUAGCGCAGAUCGGAAUGAUAGCCGACUAUUAUGACUGCCUCGAGGUUGUUCGAACAUUCUUCCAGAACUGGCACUCGUCUAUGAAGAUCUGGGAGAACUAUUCGAUUCGACCUUCUGGUUCCGCCGGUGUGCUAGAUUUGCUAGACCCCAGAGUACUCAGCACAAAUGCACUCGUGGAGACUACUCUGCCCAUACCAGCUAAAAUCUUCGAAGCGAUCAACAACCAGCGUUGCCAAAUCAUUGAAAACUUGAUUUCCGAGAUCUAUGACUUGAAAGACGAUCUGGAAGCAGGACGCGUUGGUUGUUGUCCCUUAUGCUCUUGGAGACUCCGGGAAGUCUUCAUGAGUAAAAUGGGUACGCUGAAUCUGCCAAUGGCAAAGCCGGAAAGGACGUUUUGGUAUUAUGAUAAUGUUACUUCAAUUGUCCGCAUUAUCGACUAUCUUGGCUAUAAAUAUCCUUUCUGGGGAUGUGGUUGCGAACUCAGGCCUCCCUAUAACCUACGCCUAUAUACGCAAGACCUGAGCAAGCUUGUGUCAGGUCUGGACCUGAACGACUUCCUGUAA